AAAUCCAAUAUAAUCAACUUUGUAUCCUAUAAAAUGGGAAGUGUAUUGUGAAGCUGAUCAUCAUCCAAGAUAAUGAAGUGGUUAUUCGCAGCCCAUAAAGCAACCUUACGUGUCCUUAAUUCGCAGCGAUUUCAUCUUCAUGGAGGUUCUUAUCCUCGGUUUUUCUUCGACACUUUGAACCCCAUCAAAUCCUAUCAUCUACAGUGCUCAUUCUUGUCAUCAGGUCGAUAUUAUAGCACCUCGGGAAUUACUGAAUCCGCAUACAGGUUGCGGGAUGUUAACAAGAUUGAAAAGGGUGCUAAGAAUGUUGAUCUUGAAAUAAUUUCAAGAGAAACCAUCAAACCAACUUCUCCUACUCCAAAUAAUCUAAGAACCUUCAAACUAUCCAUUCUAGACCAAUAUAUGUUCGACAUAUACACCCCUAUGAUCGUAUUUUUUCCUAACACCGACAACACUAGUGUUAAGGAUGUAGUAACCAAAAGAUCAAAACAUCUUAAGGAGACUUUAGCUAAGAUUCUUACUCGAUUCUACCCUUUUGCUGGAAAAGUUAAGGACAACUUGCAAAUCGAGUGCAACGAUGAAGGAAUCUAUUACAUAGAGGCUAGAGUCAAUCAGAAGCUCAACGAUUUUAUAUGUCAUCCGGAUGAUGAAAAAGUGAGAGAGUUGAUACCUGAAAGCCCUUGCACCGUAGAAUCCUCAAUUGGAAAUUAUGUAAUUGGUAUUCAGGUGAACUUUUUCCUUUGUGGUGGGAUUGGGAUUUCCACAACCUUGUCACACAAGAUUUUUGAUGGACAAACAUAUUACAUGUUUAUGAAAGCAUGGGCUGCGGCUGCUAGAGGUUCCGUAGAAACAAUUUCGCCAAGUUUUGUCGCUUCGGAGAUGUUUCCUAACAAUCCUUGUUUGGAAUACUCAGCGCCUUCCAAGUUACUAGCAACCGAAAGGCUUUGUACGAAAAGAUUUGUAUUUGAUUCAAAGGCUUUGGCAUUGCUCAAGAACCAACCGGUUGUCAGCAAGAGCUCAAUACAUCCACCAACUCGCAUGGAGGCCACAAGUGCUUUAGUAUGGAAAAGUGUUGCAAAAGCAGCAUCCCAAGUAAGACCAUUUGGUCUAGAGUCACCUCAUUUUUUGCUCACAUCGGUUAACUUUCGAAAAAGGGCAUCGCCCCCUUUGCCUAACGACACAAUUGGAAACCUUCUUGAUGGAGCUGUUGCGGUAUGCUUCCCCGAGAGGCAUCUGGAGUUACCAACCCUGAUGGGUGAUUUAAGAGAAUCAGUAGCAAAAAUCAACUCGCAUCACAUCGAGUCCAUGAAAGGGGAAAAGGGACAUGAGACAUUCAAGGAGAUAUCGAGAAUAUCAAAUCAGUUGAUGGAUGUGAUAAGGGAAGGUGAUUGCAUUGUGGCUUCGAGCCUGUUGAAUAGUGGAAUUUAUGACUUAAAUUUUGGAUGGGGAAAGCCGAUAUGGUUUUAUGCUAUGAAUGCAGGACUUGCUAGGUUAGUGCAUUUGAAUGAAACACUAAAAGGUGAUGGUGUUGAAGCUAUAGUCACACUGAGUCCAAAUGAAAUGGAGAUAUUCGAGCAUGAUCCUGAGGUCCUGUCUUAUGCUACUGUCAACCCAAGUCCUCUUCGUUUUCUAAACCACUGAAUCAUAUUGAUUUCAGUUUUAAUAAGAACUAAAUUCAAUUUCUGUACUUCAAAAGUUUGUUUUAUAUUCAAUAAUAUUUAGUUUUUAUUUUA